GUCAAAGCCGGCUACUUCGGAUUGGGGAACCGGGAAGCGGAAGAAGCGAAGCAUGAUUCAGCAUAUAGAAUCCACCUACAUAAAGCUCUGUAGAAGUCGAAACUUAACAACUCUUUUGGAACUUCACUAGAAACCAGAGAAAUACAGAGUUUGGGGCAUCAGGGAAACGGUAAGUAAAGUGCUGCCGUUGGUCUGUCAGCUGAUUUACCCUUUAACUCUUCCUUUAUUUUUAAAGAAUCUGUUCGUUUCUUCAUUCUUCUGUACUGCUGUCAUUCUGUGCCUUAAAUUAUACGAGGCGGGAAGGAGGGAUUUUUUUAUUGAUAGGUGAAAAAAAUAUUCCCAUUUCCAUGCAGUAUCUUAAAACGGCUGGGGUGAAAAGGUGCUUUGCUUUGGAUUGUACCAGUACUUUUUUCCUCUCAGAAAUAUAAAUACUAUACAAAUCAUUGUUAAUGCUGUCUUGCUGUUAACUGGUUUGUCUAACUUCCUUCUCCAACCCUCUGAAACGGCAUAGGCUUAGGAACUGCUCCCUCUGUGCUUAUGAUGAUCUCCACCCCUGCCUCUUCAGAUACAUUUUAUUAAAUGUUAAUAACUAUAAAACAGAUUACAGAGAAAAUAUUUUUAUUUUUAUUUAGGGGGGAAAUAAGCUGUCACAAUUGCCAAUAAGGAAAUGUAAGAUACAGCUAUACAUGACUUUUUGAGUCAAUGCAGUUGUACCUCGGGUCAAGUACUUAAUUCAUUCUGGAGGUCCGUACUUAACCUGAAACUGUUCUUAAUCUAAAGUACCACUUUAGCUAAUGGGGCCUCCCACUGCUGCCGUGCUGCCAGAGCCCGAUUUGUUCUCAUCCUGAAGCAAAGUUCUUAACCCGAGGUACUAUUUCUGGGUUAGCGGAGUCUGUAACCUGAAGCGUAUGUAACCUGAAGCGUAUGUAACCCAAGGUACCACUGUAUUCCGCUUUUUCUUCUGUGUUUUGUGCCUCCCUCGGCACCUGUAAUUCAACCCUUUAGAUAUUGGUGUCUUUGUUCAGCUGGGUGAGAAACUGGUUUUCUCUGAUAAAAGUGUCCCAAAUGUCAAUUAGGCAGUUCUCAAGGGUAAAACAUUCAGCUUGCUUGAAAUGAAUCCAGGCCGUGGCUGAUUGGACGCUUGCUCACACCUCUAGCUCCUUAUUCCUAUGGAAUUAACAGGCACUUCUAACAACGCUACUAUGCACCUUGUUUACUUAGAUAUCAUUUAGCCUUGCAAGCAUGUCCAUAGUGAUUUGUCUGAAUAGAAGACCCUGGUCAUUUGUGGCUCGGAAGAUAAACACCUGACUUUAUAUUGCCUAUUUUCAGGCUUCUUGGAAAACCUGAUGCAUUUAAACCAGUAGUACCUCCUCUUACAGGUAACAAAGAACUCUUUAAGAAAAGCAGGCUGCUUCCUAGAAAUGGAAUUUCCAGAUUUGGGGAAACACUGCUCUGAGAAGACCUGCAAGCAGCUAGGUGAGAAACUCCUCAGGGGGGUGUUGAUGCUAUGUUUGGACCUUUCCGUAAAGGUAGAGUGCCAUGGUAUCGGGCAGACAACCAGAGCAGGAAGGAGCGGCUACAGAGAUAUAAAGAGCAUGUAAUAAAUGAGGAGUCUGUAUCAGGGAUGGGAAAGCUGUGGCCUUCCUGGAGUAAAGCUCCCAUUGUUGCUCGCCAUUGUCUACGGUGAGAGGAAGUGGGAGCCCAAGAACAUUUGGAGGGGCAGCAAAGUCCCCAGCCUUGGCUUAUUUCUCCCUCACUUUUCCAACUUGCCAAGGUGGCUUGCAUUGCAAAAAAGCAAAUAUAACUAUAUUGCUUGCUUACAGCGUUUCUAUACUGCCAAUAACCAAUGCCUUUCUGGGCAGUUUACAAUAAAACUGGCCACAACAGGUGCUUCAGGGCUUGGAUAAUCCAGUUUAGAGCUCCUCACAUGGUGGAAUGGGAAGAACAAAGGCUUGAUAACCCUUCCUCCCAGGGGGAGGUGGAGUGACCUAGCUAAGCCUGGCAGAACAGCUUACUCUAUGCCCUUAACCCCUUCAUGCAUUAAUUAGACUUGAGUAUGUUGGUUAUAGGGACAUGGGUGGCACUGUGGGUUAAACCACAGAGCCUAGGACUUGCCUAUCAGAAGGUCCGCAGUUCGUAUCCCCACAACAGGGUGAGCUCCCGUUGCUCAGUCCCUGCUCCUGCCAGCCUAGCAGUUCAAAAGCACGUCAAAGUGCAAGUAGAUAAAUAGGUACCGCUCCGGCGGGAGGGUAAACGGUGUUUCCGUGCACUGCUCUGGUUCGCCAGAAGCAGCUUAGUCAUGGUGGCCACAUGACCUGGAAGCUGUACGCGGGCUCCCUCGGCCAAUAAAGCGAGAUGAGCGCCGCAACCCCAGAGUCGGCCACGACUGGACCUAAUGGUCAGGGGUCCCUUUACCUUUUAUGUUGGUUAUAUGUGACUCCUCAUUCCACAUUUUCCUUGACCUAGGUGUGUUUUCUCUUUUUUUCCUUGUAGACUUUCUACCUCUGAAAUGCGAUGCAUGCGGUGAGGUCUUUUGCAAAGACCACUUUGCCUAUAACCAGCACAAGUGUUCCUGUGCAUACCAGAAGGUAAUGUAAACUGCAGAAAGGGUGAAACGACUAGUGUGUGUGACAUGAAGAACAGCGCUGCAAAACUGAAUAGCUGGCAUUUUUUGAAAAGAAGUAGCUGUAGAUAACAACACAACGUGUUCGUAGGACCAAAGCAGGGAUGGGGUUGUGCAUGAUGGAAUGCAGACUUUGCGCCUUAACACACCUGAGUUCUGCAGCCGUAUUUCCUCGCUAAUAUCCAGUUGCUUUUUCAGGAUGUGCAAGUUCCAGUCUGUCCUCUCUGUAACACUCCCAUCCCAGUAAAGAAGGGAGAGGUGCCGGAUGCUGUUGUUAGUGCCCACAUGGACAGAGACUGCAAACGUGAUUCUGCUCAGCAGAAGCAAAAGGUUAGGACCUUUUCCCAGAGCUAUACUGGAUGUACACAGCAGUUCAAGAUGAGGUCCCUGCUCUGUAUCCCGUUUAUCUUUAAUCAGGAGAUGCUCAAACACUUUCCUAGCUGGCAACCCAACUUUGGGGAGGACACAGAUUUCCAAAGUUCUUCUUUGAAGGCCCCUAAGAAUUUCGAAGAAAACAGCUAUACAGUGGUGCCUCGCAAGACGAAAUUAAUCCGUUCCGCAAGAGUCUUCGUCUAGCGGUUUUUUCGUCUUGCGAAGCAAGCCCAUUGACGGAUUAGCGCUAUUAGCGCUAUCAGCUGUUUAGCGGCUAUUAAAGGCUUAAAGGCUUAGGGAUUAGCUGCUAAAAGGCUAUUAAAGGCUAUUAAAGGCUUAGCAGAUUAGAUAAAGGGGGGGGAAAGCGAAAAAAAAAUCUCAGGACUCGCAAGGUAUUUUCGUCUUGCGAAGCAAGCCCAUAGGGGAAUUCGUCCUGCGAAGCAACUUCAAAACGGAAAACCCUUUCGUCUAGCGGUUUUUCCGUCUUGCGAGGCAUUCGUCUUGCGGGGCACCACUGUAUUUAAGUUGUUUCAUAAAAGUUAUACUGUAAGCUCUUCACUGGAUCAAGAGUGCUUUUGGCUGGCUGGGAAGUGUUCUUAACUGCGAUACCUCUUGUUUGCCUGAUUAUUAUUGUUUAUUAAUUUUGUAUACUACCCUUUGUCUGUAGAUCUCAGGGUGGUUCAAUACAUAAAAUUAUAAUAUAAAAAACACAAAAUACCUAUAAUAAAAACAACAGUGGGGCGGGGUAUAAAUAAAAAUUUAUUAUUAUUAUUAUUCAAGCGGAAGCCACAUUGGACGUUCGGCUUCCGAAAAACGUUUGAAAACCGGAGCAUUUACUUCCGGGUUUUUGGCGUUCAGGAGCCGAAAUGUUCCAAAACAGAGCCGAGGUUUGACUGUAUAAUGAAGACGUCACACGAACCUCCCUGAGGAGAGUAUUCCACAAAUAGGGAAGCAUUGCAGAAAAGGCCCGUUUUUGUGUUGUCAUCCUCCAACCCUCUCAUGGAGGAGGCACAUGAAGAAGGGCCUCAGAGGAUGAUCAUUGGGACCAGAUAGGUUCAUAUUGGGAGAGUCGGUCCUUGAGGUAUUGUGGUCCUGAACCAUUUAAAUAUCUAUAGGUCAAAAUCAGCACUUUGAAUUGGGUUUGGAAACUUAAUUGGCAGCUGGUGCGGUCAGGCUAGGAAUGGUGUAAUAUUUUCAAGCUGUCUUCUUCUGGUGAGCAACCUAACCCCCAAAUUCUACAUCAGCUGUGAUUUGUAUGAGGAGAGACAGUCCUUAAGGUAUUGUGGUCCUGAGCCUUUUGGUGUGUGUGCAAACCUCCUUUUUGUGUGGCUGGAAUGUAGCUUACGUAAAGGUAAAAGUUGCAUCCCUUGACCUGCCCACGACUGGGUGUGUGGCCCCUGGAAGCCUGCCCUCAAGGGAAUGUGGCCCUGGAGCUGAAAAAGGUUCCCUUCCAUUGCACUACAGGGAAGCCAGAUUCUCUUAUUGGAUUUAGUCUUAGCAACACAGUCCUAGACCAGUUCACCCAAGUCCCUCUUAGCUAAAUGGAGUUUGCUCCCAGGUGAGCAUGCCAUGGGAUUGCAACCAUUAAAAUGGUAGGCAGUUGUGGAAUCUUUGUGGGACGGUCAACUUUCCUGGUCCAGUUGUAACCUGACUUCCUUCUUAAUCUAGAUCUUCACAAACAAGUGCUUCCAGCCAGGCUGCAAAAAGAGGGAGAUGAUGAAGCUGGUUUGCGACCAGUGUCAGGGGAACUUCUGUCUGAAACACCGACAUCCUCUGGACCAUGCCUGCAAAGGACAAGCCCGGGCCAUUUCCAAAGCUGGGUAAGGCUAGAACCAGGGGCGUUGGGGGAGGGGUUCCACCCUGGGUGUCACCUGACAGGGGCAGAAAAAUAGUGGGUGGCACUCACUGCGGGGCCUACAACACGCCUGAGCCACGCGUCUCGGGCACCCGCAGGCUCCGCACUGUCCACCCGCUGCCUCCCUUCCAGCUGUAGGUUGGCUGAGGCCCCACGGCGCACCCCAUCCCUAUGGGUGCCAUGCGCCCUGUGCCGUCCCUAUGGGUGGUUCACCCUGCCCCUAUGGGCGCACCGCCCUAGGCGCCUGAGAGGCUUCCUCCGCUGCUGGCUAGAACUUCUCUGCUGGCUCAAGAAGCUGCCUGCAGAAAAUAUUAAAUGUUUUAAAUCCUCUUGAGGGUUUUAAAGCCAGUGUAGCCUUGUGAACUUCUGAGGCCUUCUGCAAGCCAGCUCCCAUGCAUACAUGAUUUUAUUUGUAUGCUGUCUUGCCAAAGGCCUGCAUAAGUCUAAUGUGAUCAAUAGACAGCAGUGUGGACUUAGACCUUAAAACCUGUACAGUGGACGCUCGAGAUACGAAUGUAAUUCAUUCCAGGGGUCCGUACGUACCCCGAAAUUCCGCAAGUAGAGGUGCCGCUUCUGCGCACGUGCGUGGUGUGAUAGAGCGCUUCUGCGCAUGUGCGCGUGGCAAAACCCGGAAGAAUACACUUCUGGGUUUGCCGCGUUUGCAACCUGAAAGUUACGUUACCCGAAGGUAAUGUAAUCUGCAGGUCCACUGUAUUGGUCUUUCUGAAUGAUGUCAGCUUUUCCCCCUUCUUCUCCUGUGGCAAAAUGUCCUGUCCCCCGCAGGCAAAGAGACCAUUGCCUUGUGCAGUGAGGCUUCCUGAAUGACGGAUGCACAAACCCAGAAGUGGCACAGCUGGCAGGUGCAUGCAGAAUGCUGAGUGUGGCUGUUUCCUUGCAGAUGUGCUGCUCUGAUGAGAUCGCUGGAAUCAAACAAGAUGUCUCUCAACCACCGGGUUCUGCAGAACAGGUAAAUAACAACAGAGUAGCCCCAGCCACUCUGGGCGGCUUCCAUCAAAGUAUUUAAAACACACACAAAAGAAAACCUCAAACAUUAAAAACCUCCCUGAACAGGACUACCUUCAGGUGUCUUCUAAAAGUCAUGUUUAUUUCCUUGACAUCUGAUGGGAGGGCGUUCCACAAGGUGGGCACCACUACUAAGAAGGCCCUCUGCCUGGUUCCCUGUAACCUCUCUUCUUGCAGGGAGGGAACUGCCAGAAGGCCCUUGGAGCUGGACCUCAGUCUCUGGGCUGAAUGAUGGGGGUGGAGAUGCUUCUUCGGGUAUACUGGGCUGAAGCCAUCAGCACCAACACUCUGAAUUGGGCUUGGAAAUGUACUGGGAGCCAGUGUAGAUCUUUUAGGACCGGUGUUAUACGGCUCUGACAGCCACUCCCAGUCACCAGUCUGGCAGCCACAUUCUGGAUUAAAUGGGGCUGGCGUGCUUCUCCAAAGUCUGUUGAACCUAAUAACUGGAGCAGAAUCUCACCUGACACGUACCACAGAAGUGGGCAGACCCAGACUUGUAGCAUCAACUUCAUUUUGCACUUGGACUUUUGAGGGCCACUAGCUAUAUGGCUUGGGCCGAGGCUACCUGAAAGAGUGUAUCUUAGUGGGAGAACGUAUGCCUACUAGUCCCAGAGUUGGUGUGCUGAGUGGAUCUUGCCUGGGAAGCGAGGCCGAGAGCUUAAAAGCUCUUUUCUCGCCAGGUCUGCUUGGGGCUAUGCAGUGCAAAAAAAUAGCUUUUAAGCACUCAGCCUUGCUUCUUGGCAAGGCCCACUCAGUACACUGGCUUUGGGAGUGUACAGGAUGCUUUCGCGAGACAAUCCAACUUCCCGCAAGAUCUUGUUGAGAGCAUCCCAACCGUGCCCAUAUAUAAAGAAAUACUGCAAAUUAGAAGUACAGGUGAAACUCGAAAAAUUAGAAUAUCGUGGAAAAGUUCAUUGAUUUCAGUAAUUCAACUUAAAAGGUGAAACUAAUAUAUGAGAUCGACUCAUGACAUGCAAAGCGAGAUGUGCUUCUACUUCUCAGAGGUCCACUCUUGCUCGAUUUGCAAUCCUUGUUUUGCUGAUUUCAUUGAAUAUUCUAAUUUUCUGAGAUUGUUAAUUUGGGGUUUUCAUCAGCUGUACGCCAUGAUCAUCAUAAUUAUAACAAAGAAAGGCUUGACAUAUCUCGCUUGGCAUGUCAUGAGUCGAUCUCAUAUAUUCCUUUCACCUGUUAAGUUGAAUUACUGAAAUCAAUGAACUUUUCCACGAUAUUCUAAUUUUUCGAGUUUCACCUGUACGUAAGAUGUGGGCGUACUACAAAGGUAGAGACAUGUCUUCUGAGAAAUGGGUGGUUCUUCAUUAGCUGCAGCUUAUUGCUAACUAAUUGCUUGUUGUUGUUUUUUUCAGUUGCAAAGCAAAAAGCUGAAGUUUUCACAGCCUGGGUCCCAGUCUGCCUUGUCCUGUUGACUGCUGUACAGAUUUAGCUCUUAAAACUUCUGCGUAUUUUCUAUAUUACUUUUAUAUGUCUAUUUCUUCAAUAAAAACCGACGUCUUUACAAAUAGA